UUUUACUCACCCUCUUACUUGGAGCAAACAGCUGAGGGCACCACGGACAGCCGUUGGAAGACGCACUUAAGUCACGUUUCAGUCCGCUCUCCGUGCUCAGUUCAACUCAAGCCGUUGCCAGCAGUGAUAGUGUAAAAAUAAAGGCAGUUCCGCUUCUUCAACACACAUUCGAGCGACACGUUGUCUAGUGGGGUUGGUCUGUGCGUGAAAAAACAGAUAGCUGAAACUUAUUUUAACCUUCAGCAGAUAAACCUAAUGAGCUAGUGUAUCGUAUGCGAAAUUGUGUAGUCCACUGAAAGGCAGUAAAAGUUUCAUAAAAAUCCCCGGUUAACAACAGCAAAAGUGGCACAGCAAGAGCGAUAAGCUCGCGCAAAACCAAGUGCAAACAACCGUGCAAUAACUGUCCAGGGCGUUUUCUCUUAACAUUGCCAAAAAGAAAAUCAACAAUGGCCCCAUCGAGUGUCCGCGGUGAACCAGAUGGCCUGUUGCAACAAUUCAACAGAAAUCAACCGCUGGUUUUCUUCGUCAACGGAAAGAAGGUUACCGAUGACCGCCCAGAUCCCGAGUGUACUCUGUUGGCGUAUUUGCGUGACAAACUGCGUCUCUGUGGCACGAAGCUCGGAUGCGCCGAGGGAGGAUGCGGAGCGUGUACGGUGAUGGUGUCGAAGGUCGAUCGCAGGACGGGCCAUCUGCAGCAUCUGGCGAUCAACGCCUGUCUAACGCCGGUGUGCUCCGUUCACGGAAUGGCCGUAACAACGGUUGAGGGUAUUGGAAGUACCCGGACACGCCUCCAUCCGGUCCAGGAACGCAUCGCCAAGGCGCACGGCUCGCAGUGCGGCUUUUGCACUCCCGGCAUCGUUAUGUCAAUGUACUCGUUACUACGAAGCUCUCCCGUUCCGUCGAUGAAAGAGCUGGAGAUAGCCUUCCAGGGCAAUCUGUGUCGCUGUACCGGGUAUCGCCCAAUCCUGGAGGGAUACAAAACCUUCACCAAGGAGUACGGCACUGACUGCGCUAUGGGCGAGAAAUGCUGUCGAAACGGAAACGGCAAAGGUUGCGGCCAGAACGGUAAUGAAGAGGUAGAUACGGAGCUGUUUCAACCGAGCGAGUUUAUGCCCUACGAUCCAUCCCAGGAGCCCAUCUUCCCUCCAGAACUGAAGCUCUCGGACAAACUCGACUCAGAGUCGCUGGUUUUUCGUACGUCCCGCACCGCCUGGUACCGGCCAACGAAGCUUUCGGAUUUGUUGGCGCUGAAAAAAGUUCAUCCGGAAACGAAGAUUGUCGUCGGCAACACGGAAGUAGGGGUUGAAGUCAAGUUUAAGCACUUUGACUAUCCCGUCCUGGCCAAUCCUUCCCAAAUAAAGGAGCUGACGAUGAUCGAGCGACAAGAGCAUGGUAUGAAAAUAGGAUCCGCGGUCACGCUGAUGGAAAUGGAAAACGCGCUCCGGAAGGAGAUUGAAACCGGUCCGGCGACUGAGACGCGCCUGUUUCAAGCUAUCGUCGAUAUGCUGCACUGGUUUGCAGGCAAGCAAAUCCGCAAUGUGGCUUCCGUGGGAGGUAACAUCAUGACGGGAAGUCCGAUUUCCGACUUGAAUCCCAUCUUCACUGCGGCAGCUAUCGAACUGGAAGUAGCGAGCUUGGACGGCGGAGUUCGGAAAGUGCGAAUGGGCGAUGGAUUCUUCACUGGCUAUCGAAAGAACGUGAUUCAACCCCAGGAAGUUCUGCUGUCCCUCUUUAUCCCGCGGACCAGCAAAGAUCAGCAUUUCAUUGCGCAUAAACAGGCCAAACGGCGCGAUGACGAUAUUGCCAUCGUGAACGGAGCGUUCAAUGUACGCUUUCGCCCGGGAACGGAUAUUGUCGAACAAAUCCACCUGGCAUUCGGUGGAAUGGCGCCAACGACUGUUCUGGCCAAGCAGACGGCCGCUGCUCUGGUCGGAGCUCGAUGGGAUGUUCAGCUUGUCGAACGGUGCAACGAUUUGCUUGUGGAAGAGCUUCCACUCAGUCCAUCGGCUCCUGGUGGUAUGAUCGUUUACCGACGAUCGCUAACGUUGAGCCUCUUCUUCAAGGCAUACCUAGCGAUCGCCCAAUCGCUUGACAAACAACAAAUCCCUAACAGGAAGCCCAUAGGAGAUCGCGAGAAGAGCGGUGCCAGCACUUUCCAUACGCUAGUGCCCAAGAGUACCCAAUUGUUUGAAAAGGUUUCUGGCGAUCAACCCACUACCGAUCCAAUCCGUCGACCGCAGGUGCAUGCCUCGGCCUACAAGCAGGUCACCGGAGAAGCCAUAUAUUGUGACGACAUUCCAAAGUUUUCCAACGAGUUGUAUCUAGCAUUCGUAUACAGCACGAAAGCGCACGCCAAAAUUCUAUCAAUCGAUCCGUCGGAAGCACUGAGCCAGGAAGGUGUCCAUCGCUUCUUUAGUGCGGAGGAUCUUACGGAAGAGCAGAACAAAGCAGGUCCUGUUUUUCACGAUGAGUUUGUAUUUGUGAAGGAUGUUGUAACUACCCAGGGCCAGAUUAUCGGCGCAAUCGUGGCCGAUAACCAAACAAUUGCACAACGUGCUGCUCGCAAAGUGAAGGUGGCGUAUGAAGAAUUGCAACCAAUAAUCGUAACGCUGGAGGAUGCAAUCAAACAAGAAUCAUUCUAUCCCGGAUUCCCAAGAGUCAUCGUUAAGGGAGAUGUAGAGAAGGCGUUUUCCGAAGCUGACUUUAUCGUCGAAGGUGAUUGCCGCAUGGGAGGGCAGGAACACUUCUACCUUGAAACGCAAGCGUGUCUCGCUGUGCCGAAGGAUUCGGACGAGAUCGAGGUGAUCAGCAGUACCCAGCAUCCUACCGAGGUUCAACAUCACGUGGCACAGGCGCUUGGAAUACCUGCCUCAAAAGUUGUGUCCCGCGUUAAACGUCUUGGGGGCGGUUUUGGUGGAAAAGAAUCUCGAGCUGCCAUCGUAGCCAUACCGGUCGCGCUGGCCGCCCAUCGCCUUGGAAGGCCCGUCCGAUGUAUGCUGGACAGAGACGAAGAUAUGGCAGUGUCUGGCACACGGCAUCCGUUCUAUUUCCAUUACAAAGUUGGAGUCAGCAAAGAAGGAAAGCUGAUUGCCGGAGAUUUUCGUUCAUACAACAACGGUGGACACUCGAUGGACUUGUCUUUCGCUGUUUUGGAGCGUUCAAUGUUCCAUAUCCAGAACGCUUAUCGUAUCCCUCAUCUACGCGUUCGUGGGUGGGUUUGCCGUACGAAUCUGCCUUCAAACACCGCAUUCCGUGGAUUCGGAGGACCCCAAGGCAUGAUGGCGGCAGAAUCGAUGAUGCGUCACGUUGCACGCGUACUUAAGCGGGACUACAUCGAGCUGGUCGAGUUGAACAUGUACCGAGAAGGUGACACAACGCAUUACAACCAGCAAAUCGAAGGAUGUAACGUUGGUAAGUGUUGGAGCGAAGUCCUACAAUCUUCCGACUUUGCCAAACGCCGGCAAGCUGUUGAGCAGUUCAAUCAAGAGCACCGUUGGCGUAAGCGCGGGAUUCACGUCGUUCCGACAAUGUUUGGCAUCGCCUUCACGGUGCUGCAUCUCAACCAAAGUGGUGCGCUCGUUCACGUUUAUCAGGACGGUACGGUGCUGCUCACGCACGGAGGAACCGAAAUGGGUCAAGGAUUGCACACGAAGAUGAUUCAGGUCGCGGCCACAGCUCUGGGAAUUCCUUUCGAUCGUAUCCACAUUUCUGAAACGUCUACCGAUAAGGUUCCCAACACUUCGGCGACGGCGGCCAGCGCUGGUUCGGACCUGAAUGGAACAGCGGUGCUGAAUGCGUGCAAAACCAUCAGCGAACGAUUGGAACCGAUUCGUCGAGAAUAUCCCGACAAGGACUGGAAUUUUUGGGUCAGUAAAGCUUACUUCAGCCGUAUUUCGCUGUCGGCUACUGGGUUCUAUGCUACACCAGAUCUAGGAUAUGAUUUUGCCACCAACUCGGGCAAAGCGUUCAACUACUACACGUACGGUGCUGCUUGCUCCGAGGUCGAAAUCGACUGUUUGACUGGCGAUCACCAGGUCAUUCGGACCGACAUCGUUAUGGAUUUGGGAUCCAGCAUCAAUCCCGCCAUCGACAUCGGCCAAAUCGAAGGCGGUUUUAUGCAGGGCUACGGUUUGUUCACACUCGAGGAAAUGGUAUAUUCACCACAGGGACAGGUUUACUCACGAGGACCCGGUAUGUACAAAUUGCCCGGGUUUGCCGACAUUCCUGGCGAGUUCAAUGUAUCGCUGCUCACUGGAGCUCCGAAUCCGCGGGCAGUCUACUCCUCGAAGGCAGUUGGUGAACCACCGCUCUUCUUAGCUUCGUCUGUUUUCUUCGCAAUUCGAGAUGCAAUAUCUGCCGCUCGGCAGGAGGAAAAUCUGGGUGAAGAUUUUACUCUCGUUUCUCCGGCAACUUCCGCACGAAUUCGUACAGCUUGUCAGGAUAAGUUUGUAGAACGAUUCACUAAACAACAGACCAAUGGCCGCGAAAACUACAUUCCCUGGAACGUAAUGCCUUAAGCAAUGGCAAAUCUUAUCUUAAAGUUUAAUGUUGGUAUAUUUUGGCGGAUAUCUAAUUUGGAAAUCAAAACAGUUUAUUUCACCGGACCGUCAUCUUUCUAACGUCUGCCAGUCCGGAACCAACCGCCAAUUUUGGACAUUCUUGUCUUUUUCUUUGUCAUCAACUCUUUUUCGGAGGUUUGAAGGGAUGGGGUUUCUUACAAACAUAAUUGUCAAUAAAAAAAAACCAACACCAAAACGCUCGUUAGUUCCCAAUGUUAGGUUGAAAUAAAAUAAUGCUUAAAACACUCAA